AUGGGUGUGGGUAUAACUAUGCUUAUAGGCUUAGAGGCAGCUACUUUAUUCAUGGGUUUUACAUAUCUAAGAAAUCGUGGUUUCAUGUUGCCAGCAAUUCCAGUUUUAUAUGCAUCUUUGGUGUCUUUCUUGGUUGCAAUUGCUGCACAUCCAUCCAUUAAUCUGCCAAUACUUUUGGGGAAAGGAACAGAUGGGAGAUUUCCCAUUUGGUCCUUAAUUAUGUUCAGUCCAUAUCUAUAUUUUGUUAGACUAUUUUCAGCUUUGAGGAGGUUGAGAAGUGGAGAGGCUCCGUAUAGUGAGAUUUCAGAAGGAUUAUAUGUUGGAGGGUGGCCUUAUUCGCUCGACAAAUUGCCACCUGGUAAUCCAGCCAUUAUCGACUGCACUUGUGAGUUUCCGAGGAUAAUGGAGCUUUCGGGACAUGCUUAUUUUUGCAUUCCUACAUGGGACACGCGAUCACCUCAGCCAGCUGAGAUUGAGUCUGCUGUGAAGUGGGCUUGUAGAAAGAGAGCUCAGAAGAUACCGGUAUUUGUCCACUGCGCAUAUGGUAUGGUGUGA